AUGGCUUUAGCUCCUCAAUUUGCCGGUCAUCGUUUAGGCUCUGUCCUUGCUCCCCAUACUCUCGAGUUUUAUCUGGACUAUGUUUGUCCUUUCUCUGCUAAAAUUUACAAGAAACUUCGCGAGGAAGUUUGGCCUUUCGUCGAGUCCACUUAUCCUGAUAAAUUCCAGUUCAUCUUUCGCCAGCAAGUUCAACCUUGGCACGCCUCCUCAACCAUUGUUCAUGAGGCUGCCAUUGCUGUAGAAAAAAUUGAUAACAAAAAGUUCUUUGAAUUCUCUGACGCUUUGUUUGCUAAUCAAAAAGAAUACUUUGACGAAGCCCUCGAGAACAAGACACGUAGAGAAACAGCCGAGAGUUUGGCCAAAUUGGCUGAACAAGUUGGUGUUCCAUCUGCCAAGGUCUUGGAGCUUAUUUCAAAUGGAACGGGUGAGCCUAAAAACCACGGUAACCAAGUUUCUAACGACUUGAAGUUAUGUAUCAAGAUUGGCCGUCAGAAUGGCAUCCAUGUCAGUCCCACUGUUUUGGUUGAUGGCAUCAAGGAUGAUAGUGUUUCAUCUGGUUGGGAACUCAAUCAAUGGCAAGAAUAUUUGAAAACUAAGCUUUAA